GCCAAGAGGAGAAAGUUCCGGGAGCGACAGGGCGGAGCGGCGCGGGCGGCGUCCCGGGAUCCCCGCGGGCCGGCCCCGGAAAGCUCGGCUUCCGGAACCCUAUAAAGCGCGGCGCGCCCGGCGGGCGACUGUCACUUGCCGCCGGCCAUGAGCUCCCUCUCCGACCCCGCCGCAGACCCCGAGGCCCAGUGGCCACCCCCGCCGCCCGCGCCGCCCGGGACGCCCGCGCCGCCCGCGCCGCCCGCCCGCACCUGCCUCCCGCUGCCCUGGGCCCUGGUCGCCGCGCUCCUGAUCCUGGCCGCCACCUGCGCCGCCUGGGUGGCCCGCACCUGGGUGAUGCCGGCCGCCUGCGCCUCGUCAGGUCCCAGCCUGGGGACUGCGACCAGCCGGGUACUCAAUGAUGAGCCGGAGCUCCGGGCCGACCCCAGGGACCCGCUGCCGCAGGGUCAAGGAAUAUUCGCCAAGCUGUUGGCCCAAAAUGUGCUGCUGAGAAAUGGGACCCUGAGCUGGCACAGCCAGCCGUGGCUGAAGGGCGUGUACCUGUCCCCGGGCCUGAGCUACGAUGAGGACAAGCAGGAGCUGGUGGUGACUGAGGAUGGGGUCUACUACAUCUUCUUGCAACUGGAGCUGCAGCGCAAGGCCAACCUCCAGGUCCGCGGCCAGGUCUCCCUGGCGCUGCUCCUGCAGCCCUGCGGAGCUGGGGCCACCGCCCUGGCCCUGACUGUGGAUCUGCCUUGCUCCUCGGAGCCCAGGGACUCGGCUGGAGGUUUCCGGGGUGACUUGCUGCACCUGGGUGCUGGCCAGCGACUGAGUGUCCGACUGAGUGUCCACCUGCAUGCGGGAGCCAAUGCACACAAUGCCUGGCAGCUGGCCCAAGGUGCCACAGUCUUGGGACUUUUCCGGGUGACCACGAAAGUGCCGAAUGAACUCUUCCAGCCAUUGGCCAAGUGAUGUGGGUGUGGACACUGCCCACCCGGACAGGCACAUCCUGCCUUCUUCCUUUCUUGUGGCCCUUGUGCGGGGGCUGGACUGCUCUACCUCACCAGCUGGGCAGGGGUUGCCAGGUCUCCUCCAGGACUCUCCCCACCCACUCCUGCUCCAAGUUGGUAUUUAUUUUGAGCCUGAGCUCAGAUAAUAUCUUUAGUAUUAAUUCACUAUAUUGCACUUAUAUUUAUUGAACAUCUGUUAUGUACCAGACUGGUGCUGGGAAGACAUAAAAAAGAGACAAAAAAAUCUUUAUUUAUGUUAAUAUGGAAGAAAUAAACACUACCCUGUGUGAAUC